AUGGUUGGAAUCUCAAUCUCACUGUCUUUUCUUUCCUUCUCUUUCUCUACUUCAACUGUAACAGCCACUUCUUCAUAUGUGACAUCAAAUCCAUUUGAAGAUGCUGGUUGUUUGUUUAUAAAUUGUGGGCAAGGAACAUGUGAGGCUUCCAACAAUUCACUGCUUGGAUUUGACUGCAAAUGUAAACCUGGUUGGAAAAAGAUACAGGUUGGUCCUUUAACCUUCUCUUCUUGUCUUAUUCCUAACUGCAAAGUCGAUUUUCGUUGUGGCAAAAGAUCUCCAUCACCACCUCCACCCUUAGCUUCUCUUCCACCACCAGCAAAUCAGACUAACCGUUGUGAUCUUGCUUGGUGUGGUGAUGGGAAAUGUGUGACUAAUGGAUAUGGAACUGGACAAAUCUGUCACUGCAAUCAAGGCUCAGCGAAUUUGUUAAAGUCAUCUGGCCUAGCUUGUUUUAAAGCAUUUAAGUUGGCUCCUUUCUCACUCUCUUGA